AUGAAUGUGAGGUGUUUUGGCGGGAAGGGGGGGCGGGCGGAAGCGGCGCUCUCGGUUUCCGGUAGCGCCAUGUCGGAGGGGCGGCCGCUGCGGCUGCUGGGGCUGCACGGUUACCGGCAGAGCGAGCGCCGCUUCCGCCAGCGCACCGGCGCGCUGCGCAAAGCCCUGCGUGGCCGCGCAGAGCUGGUGAUGGUCAGCGCGCCUCACUCCGUGCCCGGCGGUGGCGAGGACGACGACGGGGACGACCCCCCCCGCGGCUGGUGGUUCUCCGGGCCCGGCACCUUUGAGGCGGCGGAGGUGGCGGCGGCACCGGCGGGGCUGGAGGAGUCGCUGUCGGCAGUGGCAGCGGCGCUGGCGGAGCAUGGGCCCGUCGAUGGGCUGCUGGGCUUCAGCCAGGGCGCGGCGCUGGCCGCCAUGGUGUGCGCCCUGCGGGCCCGCGGCGACCCCCGCUUCCCCGUGGCCUUCGCCAUCCUGGUGGCCGGUUUCGCCAGCCGCGCCCCGGCCCACGGCCACUUCUACCGCGAUCCCAUCGCCCUGCCCACGCUGCACGUCGUGGGUGAUGCCGAUGCCGUCAUCGCCGCCCCCCUCAGCAGGGAGCUGGCCCAGCACUUCGUGGAGCCUGUUGUCCUCACCCACCCCGGCGGGCACUUCGUCCCCGCGGCUGCGCCACAGAAGAAGGCCUACCUGGACUUUUUGGACCGCUUCUGCCCCGGACAGGGACAGGCUGAGCCCCCAGGGGCUGGGGCUGUUUGAUAACAGUCUCUGUAAUACACGGGGUUCCAGCCAGCCACGUGCAGCCUGCCGUUUUGGUGAAACAUCGCUGUAUUUCCACGCCUUCCAAAAGGACCAAAGAGUCCUCAUCAGCUCACUGUGCUGCUCUGCAGUGUUAGCACAGGGCCAGGCUGAAUGGUUCCUUGUUAUCUCCCUUUUUUUUUUUGCAGCUUUGUUGUGUACAUGAGUGUGUGGGUAUGAUGAUGAGGGGCUCGAGGACAGGAGGGUGACACUGGUCUCUGUGUGGGAGGUGAUUUCAAAGAUUUGAAUAGUUCAAAAUUAGGCUUCCUCAGCUCAGCCACAGGAAUUGUCUGCAGAGCACAGACCUCCUGCAGCUGUUAUACCCCAAAGGCCUGUGCUUUUAGUAUUCCUGGUGAAACCAAUUAAGCCAACUUUCCAGCUGGCCUGGGUCUAGAAAAUCCUCUUGUCCCUCUGGCAGUGCCAGGGCUGCUCUUCGUUUCAGGAAUUAAAUGUCUGCUGGUACAGCAUGUGUGUGUUGGGAGAUCUUUUGUAUCUUCCUCUGUACAAAGUGCCUUCGUGAACAAGAAAAACUUGUCACUA